AAAAAAUAUUCUUUAAAUAGUAGCCCACUUCGUGCAGUAAUCCACAAAGAUGAAAGGGUCAACCACUACACCAAACUCAAAAAUAACCAUAUGUUGUCACAGUUCACAAUCUCAGGAGAGAUUGGAACGUAAGGUCAUCACAGAUUACAACGAGCUACUUAAGAGAAAAAUCUCCCAUGCUUUCCUGGGAAGGGUAGCGAUUUCUAACAUCCUUCAUGUCUUCAAUGCCUACAACGUACAUGUGUUGAACAGUAGAGAUAUCGAGGAGAUACAAAAGACAGUGGACAAAAAGGGAGAAUACAAAGGUGGCGAGAAAUUGCUGAACAGACUCUGUGUUUAUGAAGGUUGGUUUGAGUGCCUGCUCAAAGUGUUAAAAGACCCUUCUGUUAAAUUGAGCCAUGUAGCAAGAAAUUUAGAAACUUUGAAAGAUGAAUUAAACCAGGAAGAUCUUCAGGGCUUUUUGGCGCAAAGAGAAAGCAGCGAAGAUGAGGGUAACUACUCAUCCGGCGGUUCCAGUAUUGUGAGUGAAAAUCUGAGACAAGAUGUUGCUGAUAAAAACAAAAUUGUUGAGGAACUCAAAACCCAAGUUUUGACGCUGAAAUCAGAGCUAGAGAGAGAAAGAGAAAAGGGAACUAUCUCGGAGAAUGAAAUCAAGCGGCUCAAUGAACUGCUAAAUGAAAGUACAGAACAACUUUUAGAAAAGACAAGAGAAUUAGAUCUUCUGAAAGACUCAAUUAGUAGGACUUCUUCUUUAGAAACGGACAGCGCUAUAUCUCUGGACGACAUUGACUUUGCCACACCGCUUAAAAUUGUGGAUUCUGAACACAGUACUGGUGAUCUACUUUGCAAAAAGUGUCACCACAGUGUGGCUAAAGUUGAGGACCUUCUCUCAAUACCAACACCUGUUGCACUUAAGAAGUCACGUGACGCCAUCUGUAAAAGUCGACAAAUUCUGACACAGCUGUUCAAAAAUCCACAAGAUCAAUACUUCGAAGUUGUAACACUAAAAGACUCGAAAGUUCGGAGACAAGUGGAGAAAUACAAUACAAACCUCUGGUAUCCUGGUUUUGCUUGGAGCUACGCUCAUUGCUCUAACUGUUUGAUACAACUUGGAUGGUCUUUUAGUGAAAUUAAAGAUGCCGAAGACAAAGUAGCAGCGGAAAUGACGUCAUUCCAUGGAUUGGUCUACAGGAAACUCAAGCUUGACGGAAACAUGUUUACGUGUAAAGAGUGUUCCAACCCAUUAGCCAAUGCCAAACACACUCAUCACAUUAAAAGCGAGGCAGCUUUGAGAGAAGAAACUGAGAAUAACUUCACACUACAGCUGUUCAAGAAUCCAGGCGAACACUUUUAUGAUGUCAUCACAUUUCUCACUGCAAACGUAUAUAGCAGCACAAGGUCAUUUGCCGCCCACACUUGGUAUGAGGGCUACAGUUGGAGCAUUGCGAACUGUCCGAAAUGUGAUGUCCAUGUGGGGUGGACCUACUAUGCUAUGAAGGAUGAAUUUCACCCAUUUAAGGCUCACAUUUCAACUUUUGAUGGACUCAUUAUGGAUAAGUUGUAUUUCAAGUUGUCACUCGAUGCAAUGAAGAAGUAAAGUUUGAUGCUAGAAAUCACAAAGUCCUGAUCAACAUGGGACAUGGGCACAAAAUAGUACAAUAUUUAGAGUCUUCUUCUUCUAAUUGAAACUGUCCAGGUAGAGUUGAGCCUUCAGCUCUUGGAACUCUAAGCCAGCAAAAGUGAACUGAGCUCCCUCUCACUGGCCUGAAAGAGAACUGUGUACACUGUUCUGUCUGACGGGUGGGUCAGACUCGCGGCAAGAGGCCUCGAACACUAAGACCCCUCGCCAUUUUCCUUUUCUAUACCAAGCUAACCGAGCCAACUUAUAAAGUUAUAUAUACACAUUUACGAUAUGGCAUUACGUUAUCAUUUACAUAAUCAACUCUUUUUUUUUAUUCAAAUGUUGAAAACUGAAUAAAAAACAAUGAUUUUGGCUCCUGUGUGUUUUUCUGUAAUUACAUUUUGUAGGUCUAAUAGUCUGGAAGGUCAAAGUUUUCUUGGUUCCGGCUAUAUUGCAUAGUGUAUAUACUUUACAAACUCUAGUUUUCGGCAGCAGUUUUAUUUGUUUUGUCUGCGGCAGUGGGGUCAAACCCUUCGGUCACUGCAAAACAUGAAACUCUUGAAACUUAUCCUCAGAGACUUCAGUCUGCGUUGUGAACAAGCUGUAUUAGACCAUCAUUGGUCUAGGGCAAAUGCCCUUUGCAAUUAUCACACUUAAUAUGUGUAGGCCCGUGGGCGUAGCGAGGUGGGGGAGGGGGGGGGUUCAAACGAACCCCCCCCCCCUCCCCCGAAAUGAAAUCCCAUUAAAUUAGGUUUUUGAAAUAAAACUUUUUAAUAGCUGGAAAAUGCACAGUAGAUACCUCAGAAUAUGCAUUUUGUUGGCUUUUAAUAUCAGAAAUAGUGCUUGGCGGCGGUGCUCUGCCCCCAGACCCGCUUGCUGGCAAUUGCGGGGAGUCUACAAUUUUCCCCAAUAACUCCAGGAAGAACCUAUUCUAGGGCACAAUAAGCGUCUUCCGAAAGAAUGAGGGGUCAGAAUGUAAUAAAGAUUAUGCACACACACACACACAUACAUAUACAAUAUAUUUUUUCGCGGGGGUGGGGCGAGGGGGGGGGGGAGAAAAAAAUCUCUCCCCCCCGAAAAAAAAAAUCCUG